AUGCCCCCACGCCGCCGCCGCCGCCGGAGCCCUCCCUCCCUGCUUCCCCCAUGCUACCGCCGCCGCGCGCGGAGCCCUCUCCCACGCCGCCGCCUUGCGCCCCCUCCCGCGCCGCCGCCGCCGCCGGAGCCCUCCCUGCUUGCUCCCUCCCCGCCGACGCUGCUCGCCCGCUCCUCCUCCCGCUGCCGCCUCCCUCCCCCGCCGACGCUGAUCGCUCUGCCCCCGGCUGCUCGCCCCCGAGCUCGCCCGUGGCCUCGCCCGCUGCUGCUCGCCCCCGACCCACCUGCCCCGUCCGCCGUCGCCGCCCCGGCCAGCCUUCCGCGCGACAGACGAUGUUUCGAGGUGGACACAGGGGCCGGCGUUGUCGGGGUGCUUGAGGAGCGUUGCCGGAGGGUCGUUGGUCUUCUUCGCCGGCUGUCGAUCACGCUUCGAGGGUGA